AUGCCGCACAAUAAUAUUGUCUGUGAAUGGUUGCGCGCCAUAGGUAUGCAACAGUAUGCCGAAAGUUUCAUGGAGAAUGGUUAUGACGAGCUGGAGAUCUGUAAGCAAAUUGGCGAAAUCGAUUUGGAUGCGAUUGGGGUGGACAAUGUGCAUCAUCGGAAUAAGCUGCUAAAGAGUGUGCGAUCAUUGAGGGAGAAAGGUGCGGCUAUUGUGUAUGUAAUGAUAAACGAUCCGAAGGCGCUGAGUAGCAGCAACGAGAUUUUGGCAUCCGAUUGUGAUGCGCCGACAACAAUGAAAGAGCUAGAGGCUAUAAUGAAGCGCCAUUUGGAGGCCGAUGGCAUACGGUUGACAGCGCAUCCCUAUUCGACACCGGAGGGCAAACGUGGCUAUUUGGAAGGCCUUGCCGCUCACUAUAGCAAACAGAUUAAUAUGCCGUACGAGGACGUUUUGGAUGCAAUUGAAGAGGUACGCGUUUCCAAGUGGAAGGAGCGUCAUGUGCGCAUUUCAACUGGUCACACGUUGUCGAGGCGUGCGGGUGGCAGCAGCAGCGGUAGCGGCAUUGGUGGUGGUGGUGGUGUCAGCGUUAUGUCGGGGAUGAUGGGUGGAGUUGGCGGUGUAGGUGUUGGAUUCGGCAUUAUUGGCGGCAAUAUCGCAAAUCAAUCAACCCUGCCGACAAGCCACAGCCAGCCGUUGUAUGUGCCUGGGAAAUAUUUGCCAACGAGUUGCCUUUCAAAUCGUGAGGAGAAUGAAAUAUACAGCUAUACACAAAACGAUUUGGCAAAUCGCAUGGCUAGAAGUGCAAUUGAUUCGAAAUCGGCGGUUAACCUGAAUGGCAUGCAACACAGUUAUCCGGGCGCUAGGCGGAAUUUCUUGUACGAUUUCUCAGCAACAGAGGGACGCAAUCGAAAUAAAAGGCGAACAGUAUUUGCUCGUUUUCUUAGCGGGCUGAAGCAAGGUGCCGAAGAAAAUAAUCCCAAUGAAGGGAUGCAGUUGAAGUCCUCGGAAAAGUUGAAAGCUUGCAGCACAAUGAAACGCGUAGAGCCACAUCAGAAUUUCGAAGAGACAAUAAGACGAUUGAAGACGCAAAAGAAAAAGGCCGAAACGCACGACAAAGGAAUACACGACAGGGGUAAAGAGGUCGCGCACACCAUGGUCAAUGAAAUGCCACUCAACAAUUAUACGAAGCAUCCUUAG